CCUUCACACCUCGAAGCUUUUCAGAUGAAAGCCAACAAGGACAAUCACCCAUAUCCGAGACGCAGUCGUGGGAAACGGUGGAUACGGUCAUAAUGGAAGCUUCUCAGCCAACUCAGUUGACGCAACAGGUUGAAGACCCAAGACGUUUAGGCAGAAAUUUGUCCAAUAUCUCCGAUGACGAUGCUACCGAUGUGAUCUGCAUACUCCAUCCAUGCUCGCCGGCAGCAUUCGAUGGUAUCAGAGCGAAUUUGUCGACUGGGCCGCAACACAUCCUGCAGAAUGACGACUUGAAAGGCAUGAGCGAAGAUGAUAUCCUUUUUGGACCACAGUACAAUGUUCCUCGUGACAUAGCUUUGCGAAUGUCCUCCCAGGUCAAGGAUCCUCAAGAUGGCUUUCGCUUCGGUCGAUCCAGCGCUCAAUGCGAUGUUCUGCUGACAUCUCACGAAAACGACAACCUUGUGAGCAAGGUCCACUUCAAGAUAUUCGUCAAUAGCCAAGGCAGCCUCAUGCUGCAGGAUUUGUCUACGAAUGGAACUCUGGUUGAUGAUCAGCAUAUCAAGGUCAGAGACCGCCGUGGCAAGAAGCCCACGAAGCCCGCAACCAUCGCUCUGACCAAUGGUGCAAUCAUCUCCGUGAUCAGUGGGCGUGCCCGAGAUGAAAUCAAGUUGAUGGUUCGGAGACCUGCUCGUGGUGACAAUGAAGACACCUAUGAGAGGAAUCUACGAGCAUAUAUUGCUGCGAGAGGGGAAUUAGCUCAGUUCGCUUCUAUGAGAGAAAGCUCGUAUGGCAACCACUGGAAUGGAGGUAGCCUGUACAACUUUACUGGUCUGCUCGGAAAGGGAGCUUUCGCCACGGUCUACAGAAUCCAAACUAAGAAAGAGGGCAACAUUUACGCAGCAAAAGAAUUGGACAAACGUCGAUUCAUCAAGAACGGCGUGCUCGACAUGAAAUUCGACAGCGAGCUCAAUAUCAUGAAAACACUCAAGCAUCCCAAUAUUGUCAACUACGUUGACUGUCAAACAUACGAUCACUGGAUCUACAUCUUGAUGGAGUAUGUCCCAUACGGCGAACUAUCACAAGAGUUGAGGAAAUUGGGAAAGAUCCCGGAAUUCAAUGUCCAGCAGAUUACACGCCAGAUACUGCACGCUCUGGACUAUCUCCAUCGGAGAAACAUAACACAUCGUGACAUCAAACCUGAUAACAUCCUGAUAGCCUCCCGAUCUCCGCUGAUUGUCAAACUGUCUGACUUUGGUCUGUCGAAGUGCGUCACUACGGACCAGGAAACUUUUCUCAAAACGUUCUGUGGGACACUACUCUAUUGCGCACCGGAGGUUUAUCCCGACUACGCGACUUAUGCCCAAAACUCGGCGCUCAAGCGACGACGUUUGGGUGAGCCCGUACCGAGGCCGACACCAUCUCCCUAUGAUCAGUCGGUCGAUAUGUGGUCAUUCGGUGCUGUGAUAUUCCAUAUGCUCUGCGGCAAACCUCCUAUUACUGGUAGAGGUGAUGAUCGCGGCGCACAGAUGCUCAGCAACAUCAUGACCAAGGAAGUCGACUUUGAGCCGCUCAGACAAGCCAGUGUGUCAGAGACCGCGAUUGACCUCAUUGGAAGACUGCUCAACCGAAAUCCCGCGCUUCGUCCGAAAGAGUCCGAGUGUCUGCAGCACUCCUGGCUACGCGAUGUACCUGAUAAUUGUGAUUAUGGUCAAGUGGAGGAGCAUUUAGCGGCAGACAGAGAGUUGCACAUUGUCGACGACGUGGACGAAGAUGUGCUCGACGAAGAGCUGAUCAACAACCUCAACCAACUCACUCAGCCGCCCUCGUCAGGGCAAAGUCCCGACCGACCGAUUAAGCGAGCCAGGACAUUCGUGGGCAUCACCCAAGUUGCGGAAAAUAUUGCGUAUCCUACCAUACCGGAGCCCGAAGAGAGUCUCUUGCCGCUGGCACCGACACUUCCAGCACAACGCUUGUUCGGAGAGAUAUCUCAAUCAGUGCUGCGCAGUUCGGGUCUCUUCGGCAAAGCGCUCCCCCCCACGACGACGGCCGAUGUUCACGAUAUACAAAAUCGGGUUGAACAGAUAAGCGUGAAUGACUUUGGCCGCCAAGAAUCAAAGGGAAGUGAAGGAAGCGCAAAUUUUUCUGAACAGCUGAAGCACUUCCCCCAAGUACCUGGAGUACAUGUGAAUCUUACAUCAGCGGCCAGUCUGAUGGGUGCAGAGCAUCAAAUUGGUCAACUCAAUAUGGGUUCACCUGAAGCCGACAAUUCGGACCCUGCUACGCCCGAAACUACCAACCCUGUCACUCCUCAGACCCGAGAACUGUCACCAUCCAGCAGUAUCAGCCAGCAUGUAGACAUGGGAACUGGUGAGCCUAUGCACCCCAUCGAAGAGCCAGUCUUCACGCGACGAAUCGAUCUUGGACUGAUCGCGGAUCCCGUCAACUUUGAGGCUGAAAUUGAAGCACGAGACAUUUCGCGGGCGGGAAAACUUCGCAGCAAGGCCGACACAUUUCAUGGGAAUGCCAAUACAAAAAGCCGGCCCCCAUCCAUUGAGCUUGCCGUUACAAUAGAGGCCAAGACUGGCCAGGCGGUGAGGAAUCUUGCUGAAACAGAUCGGUUCAUCCGGGCAGUUCGCAAAUCGGACGGUGAAAUGGACACUACGGCGUUCAUCAAACCUCCAAAGCGGUUUGGCAAGCUCACUAGCCUACCUGGAUCACUCGCCAAUGUCACAAUGAAUCUGGAAAGCCGACUUAUGUUGUGGGGUAGGGGCAUUGACUGCACGGUUCGAUAUCCCGACACUCUCGACACUCGGAUACCCAAGUAUGCCAUGAAGAUUCAAUUCUGGGCACCUCGAAUGGACAAUCAUGUCGAGCAUGGCGGAGAUUGGACAGAGGUACCUGGAGUACGCACGAUUCUAGCCACGUCGGCGAGCGGAUGCAUUCGAGUUAACGGUGUAGAACUACGCAAAGAAUCGCCAAGUGGUGACGCUGCUCUCUUUGGCAAGCUAUACACCGGCGAUAUCAUCACGAUCUUCGAGUCGCCAAAUGGAGAAGAGUUUCUCAAAUUCCGUGUGGAGAUCACAUUUGGUGAUAGUGCGCGAAUUCGACCAGAGAAGGAGGCAGGGUUCAUCGUGCAAGAGGAGAGACAUCACCACCAGCGCAUGAAGGAGAGAGAAAGUAUGAGGAUGAGUAAGACCAAUAUCGAGCAGGAGGCUGCUUGAGUAAUGAAGGUUGGCACGAAAAUGUUCUUUGAGCUGGAGGCGUACUAUCGAAUGGGUUUGUAUAA